AUGCUUGGAAGGCAAAGUUCGUGGCUCACGGGAGGUCGUGGGAAAUUAUACACGCGAGUCAAUAAAGAGGAAGAAAGUGACACCCUGGGCCAGCCUCUGGCGCCUGAUAUCCCAAAAAAUCCCGAACCCAAUAUCCAGGCCUCCAAUACCAGUUCCUCUGAAGACAAAGAAUUUACAAAUGGUGUAUUGGGGACCUCCGAAAGGAUUCUGCAGCACCAGCAGCCAGCUGAAGGAUCCCCCGAAAGCUCUCGUUCUCAUCAAGGUGGUGUCUCUGAGUAUUUGGAUCGUGAUGGACGCCACAGAGGCGAUGGGAAUUUCCCGACUGUUGAAGAUAAAAAUUUCGCGCAGACCCCCCCCGGUUGCUAUCAGAGAAAUUGA